ACAACACAGCCACUCGAAAGCUCAAACGGGAGCAAAUAUUUAAUGUGGUGAAGUACUCGAGGCUGGACACACAAUUAGCGGAUCACGCACAGCGGUCACCAAUAAAUAUGUUCAGUCUUCUGAUUACUCGGCCCAAGACGCCAAUUGGGGACCAUCGAGGCAUCAGUUUUGAGCUAAAUGUGUCUGAGCGAUCAGAAAAUCCCAAUACGAGAUCGCCCGAUUAUAAGUUUGCAAAUGGAAAACCAAUACCAGAGAUAAUACGAUUUGACGUGCAACUCGACCGGCCCAGGCAAACCUUUUUUUCUGGUGAUGUGGUGAGCGGCGAAGUGAGGGUUCAGCUGGCGGAAUGCUUGACUGUGAAGGGCAUAAUCGUCCGAUUCGUUGGCGAAGCUUACGUUUACGUGCCUCCAGAAGAGCCGCCUCAGUGGGACAUGCGACGGAUCGUGCAGUUGAAAAAAGCAUUCCUCUCGAAAAAUAAAGUGAGACCGUCUGCGGUAGUUGAAGGGGGCGACGGAGCGGGCAAAAUAUCGUUCGCCACUCCUGCGAGUGAACAGCCGCCAGCCCAAAUCAAUGGCAACGGAUCAAUUUUGGUGGAGCCCCCCACUCCUAGCAAUUUGGCCCCGCAGAGCACCGGUACAAAGAACAAAAUUUCAGCUUUGAAAGCCAAGCAACAACAAGGCUCCUUCAAAUCGUCUGAAAAAUACUUUGAGCAUAAGUUUUAUGUGUUCGGACACAAAUACAGUAGUGCAAAGGAGAGUUUGUGGCCCGGAGUUCACGCCUUCCCGUUCCAAUACACCUUGCCAACAAAGCUGCCAACGUCGUUCCAUGGCCGAUUCGGUUACGUGCGCUAUUUUUGCGAAGCUUCCCUCGAGCGGCCUUGGUUGCCUAGUGUAAAAAGAAAAUCGUACUUCAGUGUUUCCGCCAAUGCCGACGUUAACCUUGAGUCGAAAGCAGAGAGCUCAGCUGGAGGCCAAAAGAGUAGCAACCAAUGUUUCUUUUGCUGCAGCCGAGGAACGGUGGUCGUCGAGGCCAGCGUCUCUCGUAGGGGGUAUGUGCCCGGCGAGACGAUCCACAUCAGCGCAGAAAUCGCCAACAUGAGCAUCAACCCUGUCACGUCCACUGUGGCGAACCUAGUGCAGGUGGCAACUUAUCAUUCGAGCAAGGGAUUCAGGCAUCGUGUCGACGAGCAAAUCGUGACCCACGUGGAGGAGGGCACCGUUCUCUGCGGGGAAUCUCGAUCUUGGCUCGAUGUGCCCAUGCUGGUGCCGUCGCUGCCAGCUUCCUUCAGCUUAACAGACUGUUGCAAAGUUUUGGACGUCGAUUAUCGGCUGGACUUUGUUGCCGUCAUGGGUGGAAAUGAGGAGCCUCUGGUAAUCAGCAUGCCUCUUGUCAUUGGAACCGUUCCUCUCCUGAGGACAUUUAAAUCUUUGCAAAUGCCAGACCCACUGCUGGGCUCGCCUUUGGCUAGGAUGACUAACCUCAAAUACAAGGGCUUCCCUGCUGUAUUCAGUGUACCGUGCAUAUGGGGACCAAAAGUUCUGGAGCAAUACUUCCACCGCGAAGUCCCGCGUGCUUUCGAGGAUGGUAUUCGCGUAUACAUCCCGGGGGAAACGUUUGCGCCGCGGUAUGUUUGCUACAGGAGCAAGGACGACGGGAAGCCACAGCGGGCGUCGGCUGAGCUGCUUACCAAUGAACCGACGCCCAAAAAGCGCAGGAGCAGGGCUUCCAGUCUUCAACCCCAGACCGCCCUCAAACACCUCAGCGACCAGCGGAUCACACAAUCCAGCGUCCACCUGUCGGCCCAACAGCAACCGAUAAAUGACCCCAUUAUCAGAUCGCUUGCCCAGCUUAAAGCGUGCCAAAAGGCCUCAACUUCGAAAGAGCCAACCGAUACGCGAGUAGUUGUCUCCUCCUUAGCAGGUUGCUCCAUGGAGACCAGCAGCACAAUGCUAUCCAUCGGUGCGAGAUCGACCAAAUCGUCGUCUUCCAAAAGACAGGCCACGGAUAACACAUCGUCGUCGGCCCACCGACGCGGCAGCGGUGCAGAUAAACGAGGCCCGCGGCCUUGCUCGUCGACGUCUGAUGGCUUUUGGGACGUGAAGGGCGGCAUCGCCACCAUAUCCGAUCGGCUUCCAACAGCCCCGGCUGCGAUGGACAAAAUCGAACCCAGCCACAUGAAUUACUAGUGCUCUCUUUGAUGUGCAACUGUCUAGUGUUUGUAUUUUGGGUGGUGCUCGGCCCUAUUUUUAAUUAAUGCUAUUACAAAGGGUGCAACACCCAAACCCUUACAGCAGCGAAACGCGCUGUGGAAUAAGCUGAUUACCGCUCCACUUGAAAUACAUUGUCAAUCUGCUGAGAGAACCUUUACAUUAAUGAGCUAUGGCGCACGCUGCUGGUUUCUAUUCUCGGUGUGAAGUUAUUAUAAAAUACAGUAAGUACAUACUCUAUAUUUGUACGAACAGAUUUUGCAUUCAAACCUAUUGUCUUCUGAUCGUGGCUUCCAUACAGUUGUCUAAACCAUUUUUUAUUUAUUGAAUUCUCAUAACUUUUGAUGUCUCUAAUUUGACGAUUUUAUUUGCACCUCAGCAUCACUUUCAAAAUCUUAUUUCAUAUAAACGAGUGCGUUCAUUCAAAUAGCUCUGCACGAUAUCAUAAUGUAAUUAUUUCAUUGAUUCUUACGAUUCUUACAAAUAUAUGCAAUGCAUGAUGACAAGUUUAUAAUUUAUUUCAUUUCACAAAACUUCAGUCAAAGUUUCGGACCACCCUCUUUCAUUCUUGUUUCACUAAUUGCUCAAAGAAAAUUUAAGAGUCACCAAAUUAUAGGAUAGGACCUCAUUUUGCUCUUCGCCACAACACUUUUAUGUGUGCAUCUUAGAUUAUAAUGAAAAAGGUUUUGUAAAAUUUCGAACUAAUAAAAACCAAAGGAGCCGCUUGUGAGAAUCAAUAUUUUUGGGGCAUUCAUCCAAAAGUAAUUAGUAGUAGUCGCUCUGUUGAAUUAAUAGCAAUUCAAUACUGAAUAGGCAUUAUUUAUAUCAACAUCAUUUACAACACAUUGGUCAUGUUUGUCCUCUGUGAAUGACAGGAGACAAAACUCACUGCAAAUUUAACUGCUACUUUCGAGUGAGGAAAUUUGGAUUUACUGUUAAUUGUAAUCAGGCCAAAGAAACAUUGCAAUCCAUGCUGAAUACGAUCUCUGAACCAAUUCAUGAGAAAAUGAGAGGAGCUGAAUUACAAGGGGGCAUUUGGUGCGUUUGGUCGUUCGCUUUAAUCUUCUAUGUUUGCUCUGCGCCAAAGGCUCUUCUUUGGUGAAGUUUGUAGUUAGGAACAACUCAAUUUGCGCAGUCAUUGGAUUCAGAAGGAAUAACUAAAUUUGGUAUUCUGCGAAAACUGUGGGCUCUCCACUGCACGUGUUUGCUAUGGAGUUCGUGCGAAAUUAAUGC